UAACUACCACCCACUUCCAUCACAUUAAUCUCAUCUAUCUUUCUCUCCUCAAAUCUAGAAAAUUAAAAUCCAAAAAACUUCCAUAUUUCUCUCUCCUAAAAUCCAGAUAAUAAUGUCGAACCGCAACAUUCUCUUCAUCAUUUUCUCUCUCCUCGCCGUAAUCUCCGCCGUAUCCGCCGCCGGAAGACGCACCGGCGCCGUCCUCGGAGGCUACAAAUCGAUCAAAGAUAUCAAUGACCCCUAUGUUCAAGAAGUCGCCAAAUUCGCGGUUGCGAAACACAACGAACAGUCGAAUACUCACCUCGGAAUUGUCAGAAUCAUCAAAGGUGAGUCGCAGGUUGUCGCCGGAACUAAUUACCGGUUUUUAAUCGCCGCCGAUGAUCAUCAGCAGUAUGAAACUGUUGUUUAUGAUAAGCCAUGGCAACAUUUCAGGAGUCUUACCUAUUUUAAGAAGGUUUCUGCUUAGAUUUUUAGUUUUUUAUUUUUGGUUUUUAUCGUGAAUUUUCGAGUGAUCUGAAGAAUCAAAUGAAUAAAUGUUGUACACAAAAAAAUGCUUGGAAUGAAUUUUGUGUAAUUGUUAAAAUUUUUUCAGUAUGUAACUUCAUUUGUCGUCAUUUUUGUGUGUUUUAAUUAUUUGGGUCAUGGUUUUAUGUAAUACUCCAUGUUAAGGAACUCUCGUAAUAUAAUGAUGUAGUCGGGAUUUGAUUCAUGGAAGAAUAAGGAGUCUCGUGAUUAAAUAAUGUAGUCGUGAUUUGAUCACCUACCAUUUUUUUUAAUCAAGGCAAUAGAGAUGAAGGAAUCGCAGAAA